UAACUACUAAGUGACUAAUCUGACUCGAAAAAAUAUGAGCGCGAAUUAGAAUACACCCUGUAUAUCUCAUCUUUCAUAAUGCAUAACGUAAAUUACAUGUAUAUGGGGCACUUAUCGAUAUUAAAUAUGUAUCUCGUACAUGAUUCCUACGUAUUAUGUAUCUGAUAUAACAAUAUUCAAAUUUCAUGUAUCUGCUUACUAUAUAUGUAGUUGAAAUGUAAAAUGCUGUGUGGGAACGUCCAUCCAACAUAUAUCUUCGAGUCACCUUUUUGUCCCGAACAGUUGACUUUAACCGCUCGACAUAAAAGUAUUUUAUCUGCUUAUAAACUAAGGAAUCUAGAAGCACUUUCCAUCUAGACUAACUAAAAUUGUAAGUUCUAUACUGUUUGAAUUAACAUUGUGAGGAUGAUUUAAAAGGGAGUCGAAAAGGUCACGAAGUGUAAUCGAAUAUACGUGAUAACUCAGGUACUAGAAAAAUUUUUUUGCAGACGCUGCGUAAUGGCGAUAAUAACAGAUUACUGGGGCCUGGAUGGCAUUAUAAUUUUUGCAACUCUUAUUAUAAUCGCUUAUCUUUAUAUGACUCGCAAUUUUAAGUACUGGGAAAAACAAGGCGUUAUGGAAAUAACGCCAACACCAUUUGUGGGCAAUUUUAUGGAAUGUCUACUUCUAAAGAAACCACCAGCAUAUUUCCUAAAAGAACUCUACGAGCGAGCGAAGGACGAACCUUAUAUUGGUUUUUACGUUUUCGACAAGCCCUACUUGUUGCUUCGCGAUCGCGAAAUUAUUCAGAAUGUCAUGAUAAAAGACUUCAACAUCUUCUUCAAUCGAUACGCUUCGAGCGAUCCAAAUGAUCGUAUUGGUUCCGCCAACCUCUUCUUCAUCAAAAAUCCAGCCUGGAAAAUUAUAAGAACGAAAUUGACGCCAUUCUUUACAACCAAUAAACUGAAGAAAAUGUUUGACCUAAUGCUAGAAUGCGGAAAGCAUUUAGAUGAUUAUAUUGACUCAUUGAAAUUGGAUGGUAUGGGGCAAAUUAUAGAUGUAAAAGAUAUAAGUUCCAAAUUAACCAUGGAUAUAAUCAGCAGCACUGCUUACGGACUCGACGUGAACUGUUUUAAAGAUCCAACCAGUGAUUUUCGCAAUUAUGGCAAAAAGAUUUUUAAAAACAAUUACAGGCGCGGAUGGGAGUGGCUUGCUAUGUUCUUCCUUCCAGAACUAGCUCGUAUAACUAAAGUCAAAUUGUUCGGUGAAGAGACCACCGAAUAUUUACGCAAAAUUUUCUGGGAGACAAUCAAUAGGCGCAUGGAGUCCGGCGAAAAGAGAUACGACCUCAUCGAUAUUCUGAUCGAGCUCAAGAAGAACAAUAGUAAUGAAGAGAUUGAAGGCUUCAAAUUCGAUGGGGAUGACCUCAUGGCACAAGCGGCCAGUUUCUUCUCAGCUGGUUUCGACACUUCCGCAGUACCCAUUGCUUUCACAUUGUACGAACUCGCAUUGCAACCUGAAAUUCAAAGCACGCUAAGAAAAGAAAUAAUCGAGGCUCUUAACAAUUCCGACGGAAACAUCACAUACGACAUGAUCACGUCGCUAUCCUAUCUGGAUAUGGUAGUAUUGGAAACUUUGAGAAAAUAUCCAUCAUUGGGAUUCCUGAAUCGUAUUGCGAUGCAAGAUUAUAAAGUACCGAAUUCUAAUCUCGUACUAAAAAAAGGCACGCCUGUUUAUAUCCCGAUGCUUGGGCUACACUAUGAUCCAAAAUAUUUCCCCGAUCCUGAUAAAUACGAUCCGGAGCGAUUCAAUGAGAAGAAUAAACGUAAUAUACCGGCAUGCGUUUAUUUCCCAUUCGGAGAGGGCCCACAUGCGUGUAUAGGCACUCGAUUCGGAUAUUUAAUAAUGAAGUUUACGCUAAUGAAACUCUUAAAUAAAUAUGAAGUGGCACCAUGCAAAAAAACAACAAUACCAGUGAUAAUUGAUCCGGCAAUAGCUAUGACAUCACCCUUGGACGGUGUAAUAUAUCUCAACUUACGAAAAAUUAAUGCUGCUGAGUAAGUUUUCGUACAUUAACGUUUACCAUUUCUAGAUUAAUCUGUAAGAAUAAAUGGGGAAAUAUAAUUUUUAUUACCAAAAAA